UGCCGCCGAAAAAUCUGUAAAUAAAAAAUGACGAAAAUGACGUACUGGUGGUCAGCUGUGUUUGACAUAUUUACAAUCGAAAACAAAUAAUCAGUCAUCAUUACAUAUAAUAAUGAUGUUAAACAUCAAGCAAAAUGUGAUAAACGACACAUUUUGAUGAGCACGAGAUGUAUAAUUUGAUAAAUAAAAAGCCAUUUAUCACGGAGAUAUUUUUUGAGGCUAGCAUUUUUCAAUGAAAGAAUAUAUACAAACAUGGACUUUCUUCAGUCGGAAUUACAUAUUCCCCGUAAAUAUCUAUUAACAAUUGAUGGUAGAAUUCACGCAACUGUUCACAAGAAUUGGUUAUUGAGUUUACAAAAUAUAGGACGAAUUGAUUUUAAUCUUCACGAGCGAUUGUCAGCCGAUGAAAUAGUAGUACAACCCUCUCCAGAUGAAUUAGGAGCAAAUUGGACGAGAAUUUAUAUAAAGGUUUAUGAGAAGCAGUUCAGGAGUACAAUUCCACUACCAAGAGACAAACAUUCCAUUAGUUCGAAAGUCCAUUCGGACUUGACUUUUGCUCAGCUUCUCCGUUAUGUUUCCGAGACGAAUUACAGGAAUUUGUGGAAAGAAGCCUACAAGAAAUAUUACAGUAUAUGGAAUCUUCCAGAAACGAAAGAGCAACUCCUCCUGACCCCCAGCAGCAGUGACGUAUCCGUAAUGCAUGAAGUAUUAGCAAGAUUAUACGGAUGUCCUCUGGUUCACAUUCAGAACAGCCACGUGAUUUCCAUAUCCCCGAGUACAAACACCCGUCCACACUGCAACCUCCUGCCAGCAAUUUUAGCAAUUGAAACACCAUCGGCCUUCAUAACACUCCACGAACAGACUGCCAAAUAUUCUCUACAAGAGUGCAAUAUGUACAGUCCAGCAGCAUUGUCAAUAGGUUACAGCAAGCCCUUAUUCAUCGUCUAUCAGCUGCUACGUCUGUCCAGAAACCUCCACGACUCGGGUUUAGCACUUGGAGAAAUCACUCUCAGUGAUAUUUUGCUAUUGGAGAAUUACACAAUUUUAGUUCUUCCAAAAUUGGACGAUAAUAUUUACGUGAGAGGCGUCGAUCAUUUUGAAAUUUCAGAAAUUCAAGAGAAAUCUGUUCAUUCAAAGAAUAAAAUUUCACAAUCGCUGAGAAUGAGAUUUUCAUCGAAAGGCCCAGAUUUUGGAUUGAAUGAGAACCUGGAAGAAUUGUGUGAAAUGUGGAUUCAUGGACAGCUGAGUAAUUUCGAUUAUUUAACUGCUCUAAAUAAUCUAGCUGGACGGAGAUUUGGAGAUCCAUGUUGUCAUCACGUGAUGCCUUGGGUAACGGAUUUUACUUCAAGAUCUGGGAAAAAUUGGAGGGAUUUGACAAAAUCAAAAUUUCGCCUCAACAAAGGGGACAGGCAGUUGGAUCUCACCUUUGACGCACAGACCUCGGAGUUUGGACAUCACGUCUCUGAUGUUCUAUCAGAAAUAACUUAUUAUGUGUAUUUAUCGAGGAGAUAUAAUCGAACUGUCCUGUGUAAGCAUGUGAGAUCACAUUGGGUACCUUGGGAGUAUCCUGCAUCGAUUCAGAGGCUGCAGGAGUGGAGUCCCGAUGAAUGUAUACCACAAUUUUUCAUGAGUCCAGAUGUUUUCAAGUCAAUUCACGAAGACCUACCAGACCUAGAGCUGCCAAGUUGGGCCCGAUCACCAGAAGAUUUCAUCGAGAAACACCGAGAGGCUCUAGAGAGCCACUACGUAUCAGAGCGUCUCCAUCACUGGAUUGAUUUAACAUUUGGCUACAAACUGUCGGGCAUCGCUGCGAUAAAAGCCAAAAACGUAUGUCUACAGCUAGUGGACAAUCACACGAGUCUAACGAAUUCCGGAGUGGUACAAUUAUUCACACAGCCGCAUCCACAGAAAAUCAUUCCAUCACCGUAUUGGUGUAAAUCAGCUCCUCGAUUACGAAUUACAAAUGCGAGAGCGUCAACAAAGACUGAUCGAUCGGACCAAAAGAGUGAGGACGAAGGCCACAGUUCCGGCUUCGAAGAGGACGAUCCCCCUCCUACCACCCAAAACAUCGCUCGUUCCUCCCCUCUCGCCCUGAGUCGUCUUUUGAGUCGUUCACGGGGUUCCCUCUUGGCCCCGGACGAUUCCUCCCGUCCUGACAAGCCCGUCCAAACAAUCCAACUUCCCAAGGACUACAAUCCCAUUUCUGCACUCCUCCAAGUGGAGUGCACCCACUCCUUUAUAAACAAAAUCUCCCACCGCCCUUAUCACCCGAGAACUUCUUCUCAGCACAAUCCCUCAAAUUAUCGCCAAGUGGUAGCCUGUGCACGUAUAAAAGAACAGCAAAUCCUUGGGUGUCUCAUUGUCGAGAUCUUCCUCCCCACAAAAUUCCGAGCGACUUGGAACACAGGAAAGUCAUCGUUCACCCAUCGCCUAGAAACUUGCAUGAAUAUUUUACUCCAAUCUCCAGAUAUUCUCCCGAAGUGCGUGAGAAAUGCAGUGGGACUUCUCCUCCAAGUGGAAGUCACUCCAAAGACCUAUGGAGUCAACUCCAUUGACCCCACAGAACCCCUCGAAACCACCCUUUUCCGGUAUCCCACAGUGACCCACAUGGGUCUUCCACCACCUUCAGCUCAUCAAUUUCUCCAGCCAAUACUCUCCAGUAGUUUAUUUCCUUCUUCAAAAUACUUCCAGCACCUCUUCAACGUCAUAGAAAUGCUGCAAGAGUACGAGAGCAUCGUACGAGAUCUCAACGCCUUUUUCAAAGACGAUGAAAUUGUUGAAUUCAAUUCCUUUAAUACUCGAACGAAAAUUCAAUUUCUGUGCAAGAUAAGCGAGUGCAAAGUUAAAGCUGUUGCUAGAGAAUUGGAAAAACUUCUCAUUUUCGCUGGCAAUUCCAUGGAGUCGAGUCUACAACUCAUUGUUCCUCAUGUUAAACAAAUAAUGGAAGAACCUUACAGUGCAGUCCUUGCGGCAUGGUACCUCUUCGACCCAAUUGCCAGGUCCUUAGGACCCAAAGAAACAUCAGAGAUAUUUUUAAUUCCAAUAGUGAGGCUUUAUGAGAACGGUUCUGUGAUGGACAGCAUGACAUGCCUGGAUUGUCUGCCCCUGAAUACAUUCGCCAAGUUUAAAACGAUGCGACUGUACCACAGGAGCUUUCUAUUGAAGCUGAUGGUACGUCUGGGGCUCAGAAGAUUCUUGGAUCACUUCAUAACUCCACUUGUCGAGGCCGUCGGAUGCUAUCGGGAUGCGCCUCAGGGUCCCUCAAGCCCUAAUUGCAGAAGAACUGGAAACUUGAAAACCUGUGACCUCAGCGAUGGAGCUGGAGACAUUGACGCUGUCUUGUCGCCUCUGGACGAGGACUCCUCCAUUGAUUCCGAAAACAAUCAGACAUCGAUAAUUAUUUCUGUACCUGAAGCAGACAAACCAAAUGAUACAGAAAUUGAGGUGUUCUCCAUGGAGACCGAAGAUGCUUUAUCGCCUAUUGAGUGCUCCAAAUCUCAAGAUAUUCAGCUCGAGUUCAAUCUCAAUCUUAUUGAUGACUUGGUUGAGGAUGGAUCGAGACUCUCACCAUCUGGGGCUGUCAGAUCUCCAACUAUUCCGAUUCCUAAGGCAGACGCACGAAGUGCUAAAUCGGUGAUUGAAUUCAAUAGCAUUGGGUGUCAUGUAGGAAGUAAAACAUCAAGCGAGGACAUGCCUCUAGCUGGAUCGUACACUGGAAAUCCUGCUGGUACCUCCAGUGCAUUAGAAAACCCAUCGAUUAUUCUCGAUUCCGACAUCAAGAAGAGGAUAUUCCUGGAUAUAUCUGGGGAUUCCCCGGAAGAUGAGAUCGACUCGUCGACUAGAAAAACCGAGAGAACUCCAAUCCAAGAAUCAAAAGUAUCAGACAUGAGCGCAGAGUCUGUGAUCUGGUUAUCACAUCGACUCGGCCCAGUUCUGACCGCUCGUUUUCUAUCUCGGAAUCUCUUGAGGAUGCUCUCAUUAUGCUACGCAGGACGAGCAAAUUUAUUGAAUAUUGACGAUGAUUCGGAUCAAUUGGUCGGAGAUGUCAAUGCCUCCAAGGUUUUGGAGUCAUUGGCGGCGAUAGCGAGUCUUUACGGAGAACAGAUGAUCUUAGUUCAAUAUUUCGGCCAUAUGGCAGAGCUCUUGACUCUCUGCAAACGAAAGUUAACGCCAAAUCUCGAAGGAGGUCUUGUCUCCUGUUUAGCAUUAUUAAGUCAUAUCACUUCAUAUCUAUCUGAUGUCGCGUUGAUGGACGCCCUAAACGAAACAAUCGUCAGAUCAAUCCUGCAUCCAACUGUGAGAAUUCUCUCUACUACCAGGUAUACGUAUCCCUCUGGAGCAAUCGCGAGACAAGCACUAGCGGAUAAACUCCUGGAGGCAAUGUCGAAUUUAAGUAUUCGAAUUGGAAGUACUGCGACCAAAUGCCACUUAUCUGUACCAAUUCAAAGGUUCUUUCUAGCUUUUGAUAAAGUAUUUUGUGAUUCGUUGGACGUGCAUGGAGACAAGAAAAGAGGAGAUGGAAGACUCAAUUAUUCAUCCAGAAGUGAAGGAGAUGUCGAGGAUAACAGGAAGAAUGAAGGGCUUGAUUGGUCACUAGUGGAUUCUUCUACUUGUCAAAACUUUGGAUCCUCUGAUGUUGCAAUUUCAUAUUCACCCCCAGUUAUCGAUCACGAUGGCUCCAACUUGCAGAGAAAUCGAGCUCAUGAUGAACUUAAACAAGUCUUCACAACGGAAUUCGCUCAUCGUUCAUAUCUUCUUUUUUACAAAUGUGUGGAUGACGGAGUGAUGACUGAAAUAUUGAAGAACCAUCAGUUGAUUCGAGACUUGUGCACUGAAUACGGAGGAACAGUCGGCCACGUAGAUCAGGGUAUGAUUAGAUCAGAAACCUCUUGCACAUUGACUGAUGACCGACUGGACGAUCGAGACAUCAUCACAAAGGGCGCCGGAAGUUUUGGUAAUAUGUCCGUGAUAGGAAAUAGGAUCGAAGUUGGUGAAAAUAUUGAAGCCUCACCGCCUCGUGAAAUGAAUAACCCUUCGAGUGGUCGUCAGCUUCGAGGAAACUGGUUGGCCUAUUGGGAGCACGAGAUAGGUAGACCCGACAAGGACCUCAACUUCAACAUGAAGCAGAUCAAGCUGCAGAGUUUCUCAGGCCACACGAACAGCGUGAGAUGUCUAUCUGUAUUGGAUAAUGAGAAUAGUUUCAUGAGUGGUGCGAGAGACAAAACAGUGAAACUCUGGAGUAUCAGGAGCCAAGGGGAUGGGGGAACAGUGUCUUCAUGCCAGUACACGUACUUUGGCCACAAAAAGUCAAUCUUGGCGUUGACAUUCCUUGAAUCUUUGAGGUAUGCAGUGACAUGUGAUGGAACAGUACAUUGUUGGGAUCCUUUCAUGGGAUCUUUGUUAGGCUGUCCUGAAAGCUCUAGACCAGCCCCAGUCAAUACUCUAGUUGCUAGCAAUGCACCUUCUACCUCACUCCUAGUGGCUACAACUGAUAUCACCUUGAGAAUGAUUGAUUGUAGAUGUUUUCAGUACGUGAACGAGAUGAAAGUUGCGAUGAAUCCCACAGGACUAAUCAGAUGCAUUGCAGUGGCACCGAGUGGAAACUGGAUAGCAUUGGGACAGGCUUCUGGUGUUCUUACCAUCUUGGAUAUCAGAACUGGCCUCAUUAUAGCCUCGUGGAAGGGUCACGAAUGUGAGAUUCUACAGUUGAAAGCUAUCAAUGAGACGACAAUUGUGAGUUCUUCUUUGGAUCAAACCAUCGCUGUCUGGAGUGCAAUUGAUGGCAAGCUGAAGUUCCAUCUGAAGGGAACAACUGAACCUGUUCACUGCAUGGAGGUUUAUGAACAGCAGAUAAUAUCAGGAACAACAGCCAAUCGAAUUGGUGUUCAUACGGAAAUCAGUGGCAGUGCAUUUUUCUCAUCUUCUAAGCUGAGAUCCGAUGCGUUCAAGGGUGUACUUACUGCUAUGACUGUUCUACCACUUAAUAGAUUACUAUUACUUGGGGCUGAUAAUGGAGGAAUUACUUUACUUUGUUGAUUGGAGAUUGGAAUUCGAGGGAAAGGAGAUGUUGGGUCCAUCAAAACUGCCCUCCAUUCAUUGUGUGA